AUGGUCGUCAUCUUUGAUGAGGCAGUAAAGAGUUUACUCAGACAGGUGGGAAAAGAAGAUCUGAAACCAGUUACCAAUCUUGAAAGUGCUAAGAAAUUCCGUCAUUUUAAUAUGUUACGAAACAAGAAGAAUUCGCUUUCAUCAUUUUGGAAACAACCUGACAUUCCUGCUGAAUUCUCCCUCCUGGACAUCCUGGACCCAAGUUCUCCAGUCCCAGAUCCUUCCAGAGAAGGCCCAUUCAUCUACAAAGACAAUAUGGUCUGGAAAGGAAAGGGUGACAUGACUAUUGAUGCAGGUUUUGGGGCACAAGUGACAGCAUCAGGGGAGACUAAUGAGUCACGUGAAUCCUUCCUCAAGUUUCAGAUUAAUGAGAUCACAACAAAAACUUGGACAGAACUUCGUUCAAGGGUACUUUUAAAACCAGAGCCAUGGUUUCUGGAACAAUGUCGAAAAAGAGGAGACAACCUAUAUGUGGUGACAGAAACUGUGGAAUUGACCAACAGUCCUGAGCUGAGUAUUGAAAGUGGUAGGAAGUGGUUGGGAAAACUCUCCAUUCCACAGAACCCUUAUAUCAAGGGUCAAGGCCAUGUAGAUGGUGACAAGAAGAAACAACAAUUACUGACUUUACCAGAGCAUACGGUGAUGGCGUAUCAGACGAAGCAGCUGAUUAUCAAGGAGGAUGGCUGGGUUGUCAGUUCUGUGAAAUUUGCCUGUGGUCACAUGUACCAGGAGAUGUGGAACUGGAAUGAUUCAGCAGCAUGGAGUCUCAACUGGGCCGUUUAUUACGCAGGCAGAAAGAUUCUUCUCAUCAAGGAUAAAAAGAAGAAGACCUUUUCAGAGGAUCACUCAGGUCAUUUCCUGUCAGCAGCUUUUAAAGAAGAGAUUCUGCCAAAAGGUGUGUAUUUGAUGGGUGGGAUCCUUUCCUACACAUAUCUGUUGAGCAGGUUUUCAGACAAACAAUUAAAUCCUCACUUCAUUGAUAUGGAAAAUUUUAAGAAACUACAAGAUGAGAUUUCCAGAAGAAUGGAACAACUAUACAAUUUUUCAAAGGAUAUUCAGGAUAUUUUAUUCCAUAAUAUUUUGGUCAUGCUUGGAGAUCGAGGAGCUCUUCAGGACCUGCAGGACAUGGUGAGACAGUUUCCCCCAGGUGAUUUGGAUGGCCCUGGUGGAAUAAUUCUAAAUGAACUGAGAAAGAACUUUAAAAAUUUUUGGACUUAUCAACGAUCCUGCAUCCCUUAUAUGCUUGAAGCCUUGAUGGUGCUGAAUGACACCCAACAUAAGCUGCUGGCGUGGUCCAUGGAGAAGAAGAUCCUGGUUCAUCAGCGGGAGCUGGUAAGGAGUAUCUUGGAGCCCAACUUCAAAUACACUUCGAGAAUUCCUUUCACCCUUAAACCAGAGCUUCUUACCCCACUGCAGGAUGAGGGUGUGACUGUCACCUACAGACUGCUGGAGGAGUGUGGCCUGAUGAUUGACCUAAAUUGCAAUAGGUCAUUCUGGGAUCUGGAAGCCAAGAUGUCACUGUCAGCUCUGUAUGGAUGCCUCUCACUGCUUCAGCAGCUGGCUGUGGCCUGA